AUGCAGGGCCUCACAGCCAAAUCUGCUGGCAAGAAGGCUCAUAUUGAUGACUUCGAGAUCCUCCACACCAUUGGUGAAGGCACCUUCGGUAAAGUGAAGUUGGCCCGGCACAUUCUGACCGGGACACAGGUGGCUGUGAAGGUCAUAAAGAAAAGGCGUCAGAGCUUCUCAAGUGUCCAGGCACUUUUCCGGGAAGUGUGCAGUCUGAAGGCUCUGAAUCACCCCAAUAUUGUAAAACUGCUGGGGGUGAUUGACACAGAGGAGACAUUUUUCAUGGUGAUGGAGUACCUCAGUGGGGGGGACAUGUACCGCUAUUUGAAGAUCCAUGGCCGUAUGACAGAGGCGGAGGCCCGAGGCCCGUUCCAGCAGCUGGUCUCCGCCCUGCAGCACUGCCACCGGAGGGGCAUCGUGCACCGGGACCUGAAGCCACUGAGCCUCCUCUUUGAUUCCAACAUGAAUAUCAAACUUACAGACUUUGGCCUCAGCAACAAGUGUGAUGACAUUGUCCAACUGGACACGAUCUGCAGCACACACCCUUAUGCUGCCCCGGAACUCUUCCUGGGGCAGAGCUACAGCGGCCCUGCGGUGGACAUGUGGAGCUUGGGAGUAGUGCUGUACACCAUGGUAACUGGGUCCCAGCCCUUUGUGGGAAAAGACUUCCAGGAGCUGCGGAAGCAAAUCCUACAAGGGUGUUUCCUAACAAAUCAGCUGUGUGCUGGAUAUUACAACUCUGGCCCGGCCUGGCCCACCACCGUGGACCUCGGACACACUGCAGAGAGCAGUGUGCUUGGGAAGUCACAGCAGGAAACAGAGGUCUUGCUGAUAGCAUGUGCCUGUCCUGUGCCUGGAGCCACAGCAAGGCACCUGGGCCACACACGGCUGCACCAUAAACCCACUCGGCUAGUCCUGAAGCCACACGCGCCCAGUUCUGGCCAGCACAGGCCUGGGCCAGGGAUCUGCCAGCACGCAAAGCCGCUGCACUCAGCUUUCCCAAAUGUUCGCUUCUAG